UGUACCCGUAACGCUGGUUGAGUGUCCGGAAUGUCUCGUUUUCCAUUUGUCUCCCCGCCCUCUUCAUGCUGCCUGAAGUGUUUUUAAAUUUAGAAAACGCACUGAUGACGUUACUGUUACUUAGCUGGUAGUGUUUUAUGACGAAUGUUGGUAAUAUUUAUUGUUACCUGGGACGUUUGAGCUGCUAGCUAUUUCUUCGACAAAACAGGUUGGCUUCUGAUUAAAUUCAAGUGUAAAAAUUCGAGUUGUAAGUGUAAAUGUUUUUCCCCAAAUCAACCAAGGCCCCGUAUCAAGUACGUGUAGAACUUAGAAUCCCACAAAAAAUUCGCGAACUGAAGUUUUGUGCGGACUGUGUUUAGUCGACGACUUAAUGACUGUUGUUAGAUCGGGUAGAUAAACUUAGAUGUACGAACACACAUAGCUUGGGAGAACUGGAUAUUAUUGAAAAUAUAGACUAAUUUUUUUGGAAUCUAUGCCCAAAAUGUCAUCUACGUACAAGUUUCCAAAGCAAGGAAUGAAAAGCCGAACACCCAUAGAUGUCAACAUUUAUGCCACCAGAAAGACCCUAGCUCAGGGUAUGAUGGACAUAGCUUUGCUGACAGCCAAUGCUUCUCAGCUGAAGUUGGUUCUCACUCAGCCAGAUAUUCACGAAUAUUUCCACAUCACUGUUGUUCUUAUUAGUACUUCAAUUGUUCUGCAGAUUAUUGUUGGAAUCCUCCUCAUACUGGUUGGCCGCGCAAACAUAAACAGUGAAAAUGAACAAGUUCGAGCUGACCUGUUCAACAACACCAUCAUCAUAUUUAUAUUCAUCAUCACUGUCAUCAAUGUUCUAAUAUCGGCAUUUGGAGUCGGGGACAGCUAUUCGGGUGGUGGUCCAGAGUGGACGAAUCACGCGGAUCCCCGUGUCACAGAGAAAUUGACUGAAAGGACAGGAGCAGAAAAUGAUUUGGUAAGGUUUGCAAGAGCAGCCGGAGUUUAUGAUAACUGCACGCAAGAACUAUAGAUUGUUUGAAGGUAUAAUGUGUUCCGGGAAGUUGUUUUUUUUAAUGCAGUCUUUUGGAAGAAAUAAAGGUGUGUAAUGUGAUAAGUAUAAAAAUAGAGGCAGCUGUUUUAUCAAAAAUUCGUCUGAAAGAUAUACCAAAAAAGUCCUUUUUGUAUAUAGAAAAAAUUAUACGCUUCUAGUUGCAGUGGCAGGCUUAGCUUGAGUUUCUCAAGCUCUCCCAGAUAAUGAGCUGAUUUAAAACUUUAAAACAAAAUCAAUUCCAACAAAUUAUAUCUUAGACUGUCAACUACUUAAGGAAAUAAAGGUAACUAUGUAAAUAUUCAUUUAGUUUCUGGUAUUGAAAUCACUGUAACACUGAUAUAUAAUGCGAAAUGUGGUUUCUGUCCGAGCGUUCGUCUAUCUCCCGUUUGAAAAGCUGCACACGCAGGCAAAGUUCAACAUUUACUUUUGAAAUGACGGGAGAACAGGCAUGAAUAAUGUUAAUGCCAAAUUUUAUUUCGCAAGCAGGAUAUUCUACACCAACUUGUUAGUAAUUAAUCACGCUACCAUUCACAUUUCAAAAUGUGACGUAACUUAAAUAAUAAAAGUGUAAAUAUACCGUAUGUUAUUGUUGAGUGGCUCUUAGCGUGACUGAAAUACUCAACAAUUACUUUCCACAGUGGGCGGUAUAAGUAGCUCAGAACUUUGUCUCUGAGUAAAAUCAAGAGUGUAUAAAACAAUUAACUUUUUAAAGUCCAUGAAAUAAUUUAAAUUGAUAGAUUAACUUUUCUCGUCACUGGGGACGGGUACUUUUGCUUGUAUCAAUCAAAUAAGGCUCACUCUGAUUGCUUUAGAAUAGUUAAACUGUCCAAUCCGAACCUCUGUAUCUCUUUAGAAAAUUCAGUAGGGAUGGUGAGGGGGCUGAGGUGAUGUUCGACAAAAACUUGAGGGGUCUGCACUGUACAAAUUGUUGGCACACAUAAUGUUAUAUUUAGGAAGUGAACCAGCUUUAACAAUAAACAUUUUUUGUUGGGGGCUACAGGGAAGGCUAAGGCACAUUUUAGGGUUGCUUCAUUCGUUGUUUUGAAGUAAAGACGUUCUACAGGAGUAAUGAAAAAAAAAUCUUGACGUUUUUUUUCAAAAACAAGGGUUUGUUGGAUUAUAGUUUGUUUCUUAUACAAAUUGACUCCUGUGGUUAAAGCUUUAUUGAAUUUUAUGAAGAGUUAUCUUUGCAUUGAAGAACUACUUGGGUGUGGGCUAAGAGCGUGAAGUUAGGUCCCAUCAUUUGAGAAUGUAAGCCUUCACUUCAAAUCUUUAUAAACCCUUCCAUCCUGGCCGAAACGCUGGAUCUUGCCACUGAGUUGUACGCGUCUUGAAUAACUGGAUUGAUCCCAUGUACCUUGUAAGGUCUUUAUGAUUGGCUGACCUGUUUCUAAAAAGUAUAAAAUACUAACUCCACCAGUGAGACGUGAUGCACCGCACGUUUUAUUUUGUGACUUUUCUAAUUAAUUGUAUUCAAGUCUUGCCCACGUUAGUCACGUGCAUGUUCCCAAUUUGUCUUGGAGCCAUACUUUUAAAAAUACACGAACUACUGUAAUUAUAUAAUAGGUAAGAUAUACAUAAUACUGUAAAGUAUCAAAACUGGGUUUAAGUUUUAUAUCUCUAAGUUUGAUCUAAAACUUUAACACAACAUUAAAAGCCUGUUUUAGAAGAACCGAAACAUUAAACGUACAGACAGUUGCCUAAUACAACAGGCGAAAAGCCCCAACAACUUAGGUUACCACGUCACUGUAUCACAACUCCUGUUGUUGUGUAUGAAUAAGUAUUUAGAAAAUAAUCACGUCCAGUGUGUUGGUGUUGCAACGGGAGCUACCUUACUUUAUGGGUAUUCCCGCAACCCGGUUCUAUGUCACGAUGUAAUCAUAGAUGGCGCUUGAUGCCGAUUUUAUACCCAGCAGGAUAAGUAAUUUUUUUGUAUUAUUUAUAACUCCAUAACGUGUAUUGCGUAUUUAUGUGCACUGUUAUAAUAUUUUUUAAACUGUAUUCGAAUAUUUAUACUUUACAUUCGUUACACCAAUGCCA